CAAAGAUGGCUAUGGAUCUAUCGGCCAUUUUCUAAAGUGAGAUAGAAUAAGGAGUUUUUUGAGAAAUUUCGACAUUUUUACAAGAAAAACUCGAUUUUUCUGCUUUACGGGAAUGCCCAAGGGCACGACAAUUAACGUUUGACCCCUCGUUACUCGCGUUUAAGUGAAAACGUGCGAAAAAUUCGGUAACAUCGUCGCAGCGUCUUCCUCAACGAGACAGAGUGAAGUCCCAAAAGUUGCCGGGUGGUCAAACCUGCUUCAUCAUGUUUGACCCGAAUGCCAUCACGACUCAGCAGUCCCAAAUCCAGUACCAGCAACCGCAACAAACUGCCGAUAAGGAUAAGUCGCAGGAGCAGAAGCAGCAGGACACGUUCGCGCCGUUUUGCUACGCGAAUGUCAACAUGAUCCAUAAAAUCACUCCGAACACAACUCAAACGCACAACUCGACCGUUAACAUGUCCCAACUGACCGACGACAAAUGUUACAUCACGCAACCAUUCAGUUACAACUACACGUUGGUGAAUCAGAACUUACUCACUCAAAACGCUAUUUCAAAUAUAACUUUCAAGUGCGAGGUGUGCGGUUUGAUGUUCGCCCACCUCAGCCUUCUCAACCACCAUAAAAAGGUAUCUCACGGUCAGACGGAUCAGGGGCAGGUCCAGCAGCAACAAAUCACCGUGCAAUUGAUGCCACAAGUGCAACAGACUCAGCAACCGACCCAGAUUGUGGUGUCGGCGGACCGUAUCCGGUUCUCUUGCGAGGAGUGCGGACUGACUUUUAGCACCCAAAAUGAUUUGAAGACCCACAAAAUUCAAUCCCAUCAGCAACAACAGCAACCGCAGCAGCAGCAACAGCAGGUGCAGCAGCAGACGCAACAGCAGUCGCAGCAGCAGCAGAAUACUUUAAAAAUUAAAAACUGCGAGUCGUGCGGAACCUUACUCCCCCAGGAUACCAACAAAAAGAGGGCUGUCAUGAAGGUGAAAUGCGAGAAUUGUUUGAGCGCCGAAGCAAUACAGCCGCAGAUUUUCGUGGUCGCCGCGGCACCCGAGACCGCGGUCAAAUUCGAAGAAUCCACCGGCACACAGACCCAGAGUAAUUUAGGCACCCAGAACUCUAUCCCGAUAGGGGUGAAAAACAACCACCCCGUGAAACGGAGAGGCGUGGCUAGCGUCACCAAAUGCACCAAAUGCAACGGUAGCGGCAUCAUCUUCAUCGGGGGCACCAAGAACCAGCAAAACGUCGACAAACCGUUCCAUUGCAACAUUUGCAACGGCUCCUUCAGCAGGUAUUCCUCGUUGUGGUCGCACAAGCGGCUACACACAGGCGAAAAGAAUUUCAAGUGCAACAUAUGCGGGUUAGCGUUCGCCAAGGCGGCCUAUUUGAAGAACCACUCACGCAUACAUACGGGAGAGAAGCCUUACAGGUGCAACGUGUGCGGUAUGCAGUUUUCGCAGUCUCCGCAUUUGAAGAACCACGAGAGGAUUCAUUCGGGCGAACGACCGUACGUCUGCGAAGUGUGCGACAAAUCGUUCGCUAGACACUCCACCCUGUGGAACCACAGGAGGAUCCAUACGGGAGAGAAACCGUACAGGUGCGAUAUUUGUAGUUCGUGCUUCAACCAGGCGACUCACCUAAAGAACCAUGCGAAGGUACAUUCGGGCGAGAAACCAUUUAAGUGUGACAUUUGCUCGGUGGGAUUCUCGGACAGGUUCGCGCUCAAACGACACCGAAACAUCCACGAGAAGUACCGGACGAAACACCAGAUCCAAUCGAACGACGAGGGUCAAGGAUCGGUUACGAACGAUUCUACGGGCGUGUCGACGGUGACCACCGUCGCGACGACCACUGACGGCGAGGAGCUGAUCGAGGCCAAGUUCGAAGAGAAAUACGAGGCGGAAGAGAUGAGCGGCGAGGAGAUCACGGAUAUCUCCGAACUGCAAGUGCAGCUCCAGUAAGAUCGACGCGUUUCGUUUUGGGGUGAUUGAUGUCAAUUCCGACCGUACUGGCCUGUGAUAUUAAAUUUUCCGGUAAGGUUACGAUUGUUUUUCCAUAAAAAUUCGACGGGGCGCCUUUGUUUUCUUGGAAUUGACAUCAAAAACUGGGAUAACGCGGUUAGGGGAUCAGUAUACGGAACAUUGUUUUAAAUGUUUUUGUUUGAAGUAUUUUUGUACAGUUCGAUUGAAUUUGAAUGCUUUUAUAUAGUGUUUAGGUACAUAUUUUGACUUUGAGUAAACAAUUGCGGGCGGGAUUCGUAUAGGCACAAUUAUGACAGCUCGAAACGUGAUAUACGUUAUAGGUUAGGUGAUAGACGUAAACGUAUGUCACUUGAUGUAAAUUUGGCAGUUUUAUUGCGCACGUGAUACAAAGGCUUUAAUUUUUAACUCAAAAUACAGUCAUAUCAAUACUGAUACAUAAUAAAAAAUAAAAACCCUAGCGUUAGGUGGAAAUAUACAGCGACCAGGUACUGGUAACCAAACCUUGAGUAUGAUCGUGCGCCAGCUAUUUCAACAUAGACUACGUUCAGGUAUAUUCAACUUUUUAAAAGCAGUUUACGUUUACACUAUUUUUAUUUAUAUUUAAUAAUUAUUUUACUAUUGCCUUCCAUUGUUUCAUUAGCAGUCUCUGCUUUUCAGCGUGAGAAUCGAUUAAAUGUUUUCGAAUUCGUCCCACAUACGUCCGAUUAGCAUUUUUUUCGUGCAUCUUCAAACACUGCCAGAAAAUUCCGGCUUUUUUUGUGUACUAGUUGUUGGUCAGAAACGUCUUUUCAGGCUAGAAUUGAUUGUCAACGAACAUGUUGAAGAAAUCAAGCGAUCUUAUUUUACGCUUAAUCAAAUCGUUUGCAUUUAGCAUCAACCAAGCAGAAAAGUUCAGACGAGUAGUAAGUAACAUCAAACGUUUGCAAGUUGGCCGCUGACAGUUCACGAAUUUGGCAGUUUUCUGUGUGUGGCAUUUUUUUGGCAAUAUUUUGUCAAAUUCUUAACGAAAAAACGAGUCACGUGUGUGUAGGUUACAUAGGAAGAAAAGGGCAAAGGGCAUUUUAGUGUGUGAAAUUUGGGGACACGCGCAGAAGAUCUAUGUGUAAAUACGAUAAGUGUAUUGAACUGUAAGUGUUUUUGUUCGGGCUUAAUGGCCGUCGUUGAGUGGAAAUUGUUCCUGACGUUUCGCUAGCACGAACUGCUAGCUUGUUCUGAGGUGCUUCCAUCUCCGAUGUUGGAUGCAGACUGACGCGCUCCCGGCCGUAAGUUGUAUUUAUGCCUGGGGAGUCGGAGAGGGGAGGGGGCGGGGCAUUUUAACGCAUGAGUGGUUGUGACUACCGGGGUUGUCCUUGUGUUCCUUAAGAUGGGGUUCCAAAUUUGUUUGAGCUGCAAUGUCUCUUCUUUUCUAUUGAAAUUAUUUGUAUGUUUAUGGAUUUCUAUUGCUUUCCAAAUUUGUUUGAGCUGCAGUGUCUCUUUUUUUCUAUUGAAAUUAUUUGUAUGUUUAUGGAUUUCUAUUGCUUCUCGUACGAGGCGGGCAUGAUAGCCCGAAGUAGGCGCAAGAAGCCUGGCUUCCCCAAAAAGAAUGUCGUGAUCCCCUUCACUGAGCGCGUGUUCCGUUACUGCCGAUUUGUCCGCUUGUCCCAGUCUGCAGUUUCUCUGAUGUUCCUUUAUCCUGGUUGCCACAGAUCUUUUUGUCGUUCCAACGUACACCUUUCCACACGCGCAUGGUAUGAGGUAGACUCCGGCGACUGACAGUGGAUCUCUCUUGUCCUUGGCUGAUCUUAGCGUUUGUUGUAUUUUCCUUGUUGGUUUAAAUAUUGUGUUAAUAUUAUGCUUUUUCAAUAUUUUUCCGAUCCUGUCUGUCACUCGAGGAAUAAAAGGUAGAUAAGCACUCGCAACCGUUAGUUGUUUACCCGGGUCUUGUCGUCAGGCAGUUCUGGGCCUCAUAGCCUUAUCGAUCUCAGAUAUCCUGUAUCCAUUUGAUUGGAAGGCUUCUUUGAGUUGAUCUAGUUCUGUUUCCAGGUAUUGUGGAUCAGAAAUCCUCCUGGCACGUUCUGUUAAGGUUGUAAUGAUUCCUCUUUUUUGGCUUGGGUGCUGGUUGGAUACGGCAUGUAGGUACCUGUCUGUGUGAGUCGACUUGCGGUACACUGUGUGGCUCAGUUUCCCAUUGCAUCUUUUUAUUAGAACAUCCAGAAACGCUAUUAGCUGAUUUUGUUCUGUCUCCAUGGUAAAUUUUAUAUUUGGAUGUUGAGCAUUUAGAUGGUAGGUGGUCCAGGAAACGAUCAAGUCUAUCUCUUCCAUGACUCCAAAUUACAAAGAUGUCAUCCACGUAUCGGAGCCAUUUUGAUGGUUUGUAUUCAGACGAGCUGAUCGCUUUCUGCUCGAAUUUCUCCAUAAAGUAGUUGGCUAUCACCGGGCUAAGUGGGCUUCCCAUAGCUACCCCAUCCGUCUGUUCGUAGAAGUCGCUAUCCCAUAAGAAGUAACUGCCCGUUAGGCAAGACUGGAAAAGCUUGACAAUGUCAUCUGGGAAAAUUCUUGCGAUCAGGUCUAAAGAUUCUUUCACCGGGACCUUUGUGAAUAAGGACACAACAUCAAAACUGACAAGGAUGUCAUCUGGCUGGAGAAUUAUGUCCUGAAUUUUGCUGAUAAAGUAUGUUAAGUCCUUGACAUACGACUCCGAAUUUCCCAUGUGGGGUUGGAGCAAUGAUGCGAGGUGUUUGGCUAGGCUAAAAAAACUAAAAAAACAGGAAUUGAUGGAGACAAUAGAUUUCCGAACAAUGAGGCAACUUAUAUUUAUUCUGUAAAUUUUUGUAUAAAAAGGCAACCAUGACUUCUUUCUGUCUUUAAAAGUAUAAAAAGACGAGGUUCGCGAAUGCACAUCAAAAUUUAUUCUUAAAUUCUUGUUGCGGAUACGUCUUUGACCUUGCCUUAACUGUCUAGUUUUUUUUUUUUUUUUUUGUAAGUCAAAAUUGGUCUAUAAUGCUAGUUUGACACUGAAAACAAAUCGAUGAUAUAAUUGAUGGAUUGAAGAUUUAGAGGUUCUGUUUGAAUGUUUUUGUCUUUUUAGAACAGUAUUCAUAAACUUAUACAAGAAAUAGAAAAGGCAAUGAUGAAAUAAAGAGGGGAGGAGAGUUAAAAUUGGUGAAAAUAGUAUAUUAUGCAAUAAGUGUGGUAAGAGUCUCGAGUUUGUCACCAGCGAAAUGCAGAGGAGCGAGUGUUUAAUAAACGAAUGACUUAAAAAGUUUACCAAACAUCUUGCAUACUAUACUUUUCCUACGACCGUUAGUUUUUGGGUAAAUUUUUGCAAAACAACACGUUCACCAACAUGACUGUCAGAACUGUCAAACGUCAAAUUUUCCCCUGUGGUAAUAGCCCGGAAAUGUCCGAAGUAGCACGCAGCGCUAAGAAACGUUACUGACGUGGUAAAAUAACACUCUACACGCUAGAUCCGUGUAUAAUUGAGUAUUUUAGAGAAGGGAGUAGAAAAUGGGAAUAUUAUGCAACAAGUGUGGUAAACGUUUAUUAAUAAACUCCUGACUUUAAAAGUUGACCAAACGGCUUGCUUACUAUACCUUUUCUAUGACCAUUAGUUUUAGGGUACAUUUUUCGUAAACAACAAUAUUUUCACUGAUAAAACAACGUCAAAAUCCACCCUGCAUUAAAUAUCUCUUUCCGCACACUAGAUCGGUGUAUAAUUGGGUAUUUUAGAGAAGGGACUAGAAAGUAGUACAAGUGUGGUCAACUGCAUUUGAGUCACGAAUUUAUUUGGUACAAGCGGAGCGAGUGUUUUAUAAACGAGUGAGUUAAAAAGUUUACCAAACCUGUUGCAUACUAUACUUUUUCUACAACCGUUAUUUUCUUGGUUCAUUUUUGCAAAACAACACGAAUAAAUUCACUGACGUGACCGUCAGAAUUGACAAAUGUCAAAAUUCAAGCCGUGGGAAAUAUGUCCGAAAACAUCCGAUUGCUCCCAAACCUGUGUAGGAAAUGUCCAAAGUGGCUCGCAGCCGUGAGAAACGAAACACUUGGCAAAAUGACAUUUUCCGCACGCUGGAUCCGUGUAUAAUUGGGUAUUUUACUGAAGGGAUUAGAAAAAAAGUUUAAAAAUGCUGCUGAACAAUUUAAACAGUUAAAGAAGACAAAAGAAAGUUUGAAUAAAAUACAGUCUUGUGAAAGCACAGAUCGAACUAAUGAACACAAAUUUUUGAGAUGUGAUGUGUGCAGAAGGUAAACAUAUAGUUAGGCUUUAGAUUUCUAGCUACAGGUGAAACUUAUCGAGGUCUAGUGUACAAAGUGAGCUAUUUCUUUAUUCGUACCAAACCUUUAAUAUAUGACAUUUGUAAGAUAAAUUCUAUUUCUUGAAUAAAUUUAUGAAAAACUUCAUGACUUUGUUUAACGAGUAUUUGAUAUCAAUGUAGUGAUGUCGCUCUUCAAAUCUGUGAACUAACUUCAUGAAGAAAUUGUCAGUGUAAAACUAGUAUAAAUAUUAGACAAAUAGGAGUUGUAAAAGUUCUUAGGAGCAAUAUUCCAUUACAGCUUUUUAUUUAAUAUUGGAACAUGCUCCAAUAAGAUUGUACAGAUGUUCUGCCAUCUUAAAUUGAUGUUGCGUUUUUGCAGAAUCGAAUAAAUCGCGUAUAGUAA